AUGCACGAUGCUGAAGCCGAUGGUUUGAUUACGAGGGAGCCGUGUUGAUCGAUGGGUCCCCAACACGUAUGUAUUGCGAGAGUUGUGGCGAAAGACACACCGAGGCCGCUUCUUGUGUAUUGCCCUCCCCCUGUUCUAAAGCUUAGCGUGCGUAGCUGUCGGGCCUCAUUGUGGUCUUUGACUAGAGAUAAUUGGAAGCAGCUAUAGCUGUAUGACGUUACCGUCAGACCGAAGAUCCAAGAAACGGCGGAUUGUCGGAGCUUCCCCGCGCGGUAUACAAUGGAAGUAAGAAGAUAGGAUCUGCCGGCUCGUACGAAGUAGCAACGCGUCGCUCUCCCGCAAGCGCCUAUCACAACAUAUUCUACGCAUAUAACUUGACAGUACUGAGCGCGUCCGAUCAACUUUAUUCAUCAUGUCUGUUCUCACUACUACUCCCGACGAGCCCACCAAAUGGGGUACAGCCACAGCAACAACAGCAGAUCGCUACAGCCGCACCAAUACGAUGCAGCGUGGCUACGGCCAUGCCCUAACAGCCAUGAUGAACAUUUCGAAAGGCCAACACGUCCUCGUGGCCGCCUGCGGUCCCGGAAGCGACGUUCUCGACAUUGCCCAAAUUGUAGGCCCGACUGGGAAAGUCGUAGGGUUUGAUCUAGACAAACAUAGCAUCAAGCGGGCGCAUGAGGCCCUGGAGGAGCAUCCAGACCUCAAGUCCUACGUAGAGCUCCACGUCGCCGACGUGCACGAUCUUUCCAUGUUCGCAGGACGGAAAUUUGACGCUAUACACUGCAACAUGUCAUACCAUUGGUUCAGCAACAAACCUUUGUUCCUCGCUCAAGCCGCCACUCUAUCCAAGCCCGGCACUGCUAUUGGCAUCGCAACUCAGGACGGCGUAUUCCGUCUACCUAUACAGGACAUUCGCGAUGACGUCUUAGCGGAACUGGGCGAGCCUACAGAUAAUUUCAUAUGGCCUUCGACGCUGCCGGAGCUACAACGCGACCUGAGCGCCGCCGGUUUUGGCGAUGUGAAGGUAUCGCGCGGGUUUGGCACGCGUGCGCUCGAGAGUAUGGAAGCGCUGUGGAAUUGGACGAACGAUAGCACAGGGAACAGGUAUGGCUACCACUUGGCGGGUGAAAAGGCGGAGCGGAUGAAGGAGAUGGUGAUAGAUAGGUUCCGUGGUUUGGCUUUGGAGGAUGGGCGCGUGAUUUUGCAGUUCAAGCAUCUAUCUGCGGUGGCCUACUAUGGGCGCUGAUGUGUAAGCAUUUGGCUCAUGAGACCCUCGAUAGCUCACGAAACUCUGAAUCUGCACAAGGUGUCGGCGCACGCGUUUUGUCAUUAGUGUGUUCGUGAUUUGCGGCUGAGUUGUGACGUAACCGCGUGACAGCCUUGAUGAAAGUGGAGAGGUCGAGGGUAUCGCGAUCAGUUUGACUGAGAGCUUAUCGGAUGAUAUUUUCAGAGCGAUGUGGCUUCUUCGUCAUGCCUUGUGCAGAUACAUUGAGGGCG